AUGACCACCACCGGAGGAUGUGCCUGCGGCGAGAUCCGCUACCAGUUCGAGGGUGAGCCUGCCGUGACGGCGCUUUGCCACUGCGUCGAUUGCCAAAAGUGGACCGGCGGUGCGUUUACUUCCAAUGCUGUUGUGCCGCGCACUGCCUUUAGCCUCACCAAGGGCACGCCCAAGACGUGGGACGUCCGCGGCGACUCGGGCAAGAUCAACAAGCACUUCUUCUGCGGCGACUGCGGCUCCAGCCUGUACACGGAGCUCGAGGUCAUGCCCACGGCCACGUGCGUCAAGGCCGGCGGGCUCGACGGCGGCGCCGCCAGCCUCGGCGGCAAGGUCGGCGUCGAGUUCUACGUCAAGGACCGCGUCUCGUACCUGCCCGCCUGCGAGGGCGCCAAGCAGGAGCAGGUGUUUGGCCAGUGA